GCUUUUCGUUGCUCUCACACACUCACACGCGUGACUGACAGGUCUUCACAGUAGCACAGCGAUGGGGAAAGGGUGGGGGCAGUAGUGUAGUCUGUACAGUGCCCUACAGUAAAAAGGAUUAAAGUACUCAAGCUUCUAAAUAGUUGUAGUGUGCAGUUUCGUGCAGACAUCGCCGCUUACGCACGUAUGAGUGCGGUAGCGAAGAGACGGAACCGGCUGGAGCUAGCAAGAUAGCUAAGAAAAACAACGUUAAAAUACAUUAAUUUUUCAGGCGCACGCAUUCAACCUCUCUCCCUCGAAUGCAUCUGCUAAGAAGUAGGGAGGGAGAGGGAAUAAGGAUGAAUAAAUAGGACAAAUCUGAACACACAGAAACUUUGACUUUAAAACUAUCACGAGCUUUAAUUAAGAAACCCAGAGGAAAGUAUCUAGCCAUGGAGAACCACGCAGGAGAACAGCAAAGCUACGAGGACGUUCGCAAGAGCGGCUAUCUCCGCAAACAAAAAUCUAUGCACCGGCGAUACUUCGUGCUUCGGACGGCCUCGGAACGGGGCCCGGCUCGGCUCGAAUACUAUGAGAGUGAGAAAAAAUUCCGAGGUAAAGCGCCUGUCCCGAAAAAAUCCCUGAAUCUGGAAACAUGUUUCAACAUCAAUAAACGGGCCGAUUCAAAGAACAAGUACAUGAUAGUACUGUACACUCGAGCGGAGAGCUUUUCCAUUGCGGCUGAAAGUGAGGCGGACCAGGACGAAUGGUUUCAGGCCAUGUUGGACCUUCAAUGUAAAAGCAAAACACCCAGUGACAGUGGCAGUGCUGGGGACUACGGGGUGCCCUCUCCUGGCCCUGCUUUCAAAGAGGUGUGGCAGGUCAAAGUGUGGCCUAAGGGUUUGGGUCAAGCCAAAAACCUGGUGGGCAUCUACCGGCUGUGCCUGACAGAGAAGACGGUCAACUUUGUCAAGCUCAACUCUGAUGCGGCGGCUGUCGUGCUGCAGCUCAUGAACGUCCGCCGCUGUGGGCACUCUGAGAACUUCUUCUUCGUGGAGGUGGGUCGCUCAGCAGUGACUGGGCCCGGGGAGUUCUGGAUGCAGGUGGAGGACUCCGUAGUGGCCCAGAACAUGCACGAGACCCUGCUGGAGGCCAUGAAGGCCUUGAGCGAGGAGUUCCGCCAGCGCAGCAAGUCCCAGUCCAACGCCACGGCCGGCGGAGGUGCCACUGCCUCCAACCCCAUCAGUGUACCCUCCCGACGCCACCACCCAAACCCACCACCAAGCCAGGUGGGCUUCACCCGUCGAGCCCGCACUGAGACCCCUGGGAGCACCGGCAAUAACAACACCUCCCCCACCCCCCGCCACAGCUUCCCCAGGGCACGCACAGCCAGCGAAGGUGGAAAAGUGGAGGAGGGCGGGGUGACAGCAGGCGGGACCCUGCCAGGCUCUAGUCCUAAUGGGUCCUGUUCCACCACCCCUAUUCUCAGGUCAAAUAGUGCUCGUGCACCCACGCCUGCCAAGACCCCACUCACAUUAAUGCGUUCCACCUCCACCCCUGCCCCCUCUCCUGCCCCCAGCCUCUCCUCUAGCUCUGGCCAUGGAUCUGAAUUUGGGGGCGUGGCGGGUGGAGGGGGAGGAGCGGCCGGUGCCUAUGGACGUGUGCCUCACCGCACCUCAGUUUCGGGCUCCCCCAGCGACUACGGGUCCUCGGACGAGUAUGGCUCUAGCCCCGGGGAGCAUUCCCUCCUGACUCCUGACCUGCCAGGGGGUUCUGCUGGGAGCCCGAAUUAUCACCCCCUGGGUGAGGAGGCCUCGAACUACAUCAUGAUGGGCCAGCGGGGGAUGUCUGGAGCCCUGCAGUCCCAGGCCUCCCACCCGCCCACCCGCAGGGUGCUGCGCCGGUCCUCCAGCCGCGAGUGUGAGGCAGAGCGCCGACUGCUCAGCAAGCGGGCCUCCCUGCCCCCCAUGGCCCUGGAUCGCCUCACCCCACGCAAGAGAGGGGAAGAGAGCGAGGUGGAUGACUACGCCGUCAUGUCUCGGAGCGCGAGCCGUGAGUCCUUCACCUCCCGCCGGGAAUCUGGUAUGGGGCCAGGGGCCGGCGUGUACCUGGAUGUGGCUGGGGAGUUUCGUGAGAGAGGUGAAGGUGGAGGUGGAGGUGCAGGGGCUGAUACUGGGUACAUGUCCAUGUUGCCUGGAGUGACCGCUCCCCCUGUCUCGCUCUCCCAGUCUGUCUCUGUGGCCGUCUCCGAUUCCGGCUCCAAGCCAGCUGACGACUACAUGGCUAUGACCCCAAACAACAGCGUGUCCCCGCCACAGCAGAUCCAGCCUCCCCCCAACGGCUCGGACGGGUACAUGAUGAUGUCACCCAACAGCAGCUGCUCCCCGGACCAGAGAGGGAUCGGGGGGGCCUGGGUGGGCAGCAGCAGCGCAGACAGCAAGGCCGGCAGCGACUACAUGAACAUGUCCCCCAUUAGCACCCGGUCCGCCAACAGCACGCCCCCGCCCUCUGAGGGCCUCCCCCACUCUGAACCGCAGCAGCAGCCGCUUCCCCCAAAGAUGGUUUAUUCCUACUACUCCCUGCCCCGAUCUUACAAGCACAUGUCCCCUGCUUACUUUGAGGAUGAUGGUGGCCGAGGCAAGAGGCCCAGCGGCAGUAGCAGGGGUGGAGUUGUGACCAGGGGAGCGGCCAACCAAGGCGGACAAGAGCCCCCUGUGGGGCCGGCAGUGGGGCGCCACCAGUCCCUGUCCUCGUCCUCCUACUCUUCCAGCUCAGCCAGCAGCGAGAGCCUUGGGGAGUCUGAGGAGAGGUCAGCCAAGUCUGCAGGGGUGUUGGGGCGCUCAAAAAGCUCAAAAGAUGGGAGUCUCCAACAGAGACGGGUGUCUGGGACCCAGCAACAGGGCCAGCAGCAGCAGAGUCGGAGGCCUGUCAGCCUGUUUGUUGAUGUUUCUAAAGCCAACACCCUCCCCAGAGUUCGAGAGGCACCUCUACCUCCGGAGCCCAAGAGCCCCGGGGAGUAUGUCAGCAUUGAGUUCAGGGGAGACAGAGGCGGAAGAGCGGGAGGGAUGGGGAAAGGUCAGAGUCCUGGGGUGUCACUACCAUCAGGACCCCUUAGGUCCCUGCACCGACCAACCUCCUGCCUGGCUGGAUUCCUACCCCUCCCUCGCAGCCCGUCCACUCCACAGACCCCUCCCUCUGCGUCCGAGUAUGUCAAUAUGGACCUGGGUCCCUCUCCUUCUCCUUCUCCUCUCUCUUUAACUCCUCUGGGGUUCCCCUCCUUCUCUACCCCUGCAACACCGACAGGCGUUGCCCCUAAGGCCAGGGAUGAGAACAGGACCCCACCACAACGGGAGGAAGGGGUGGACGAAGGCCACAGGAAGGACAGCGUGACCGAAUCCCCAACCUCAUGCGCUGAUUACACAGAGAUGGCCUUCAGUUUGAGUGGUGCUGCCACACCCAGCUCUACUGCCACCACUAAGCCCCCUUCUCCCAGCAAACAGGACCAGCCCGGACCUAAACUAGUCCUGGGGCUGGGUUUGGACUUCCCUUUGGUCAAGGCUAGCUCUAACCCUGACCAGGGUGCCAAGGUGAUCAGAGCUGACCCUCAGGGCAGGCGGCGACAUUGCUCUGAAACCUUCUUGGCUCCUCCACCCCUGCCCCCUUCCUCCUCUUCAUCCUCCUCCUGCUCCUCCUCGUCCCUCUUCCCAGAGCACACCCAGGCAGUGGCGCGUAGGCUCGGCUUUGACGGUAUGCUCUGGAGUAAUGGAACAGCCCCUGAUGUCCCCCCACAAUGUGUGAACUCCGGGCCGUCUGUUGCACCCGCUGCUCAGGCUCCAUCCAUGGAGCAAGGCCUCAACUACAUUGACUUGGACCUUGUUAAUAAAGAGAGCCAACAUUCAGCUCCAGAAGGACCUGGCACCGCCCAGCCCCUCCCCCCUCGCCUCUACUCAACUGUGUUGAGCGGAGGGGCAGUGGGCGGGGUGGCAGGAAGCGGAGGGGCAAACGGUACCACCUCAAAUCUCAAUACCUACGCCAGCAUCGAUUUCUACAAGUCAGAGGAGCUAAGGACACACCAGAAUGGUAGCAAGGAUGGAACAGAAUGUUGAUGUCCCUCCUCCUUCUUUGGAAUUGCGGGAAGGCGAACUUUAUGAGGAACCCACAUCGCCCUGUCCUCGUCCAGACACCGGUGGAGACGGAAGGGGAUGGGCUCGCAUCUCGGACGCUCGCAGACCCUGAGAAGCUGGACAGGCCCCUGAAGCACUUUGAGAAUGCUGACUUUAGUUUUUUUUUUUUUUUUUUUUUUUUUUUUUUUUGCUUUCAGGCAUUUGGUUCCCACAGCCAAUGGGAGUGCAUGCCAAAAGACCUGGUGAUUUGGAUCCCACAGCAAGGGAAUCUUACAGCCAAUCAGAAUAGCGUAUCAAGACUAUUACUGCCAACCAAGAGCCAAUAAUAUCAUAAAACAACUAAAACAAAAUAAAGAGGAAGAAAGGAAAUGAGAAUUGAUCUAAUAAUAGGUAGAUCAAAAUAUGUAGUGUAAUUAUGACAACUAAAUAUAAACCUAACUUUUUAAAAAAGUGCCUCAUUUUUGAUUGUAGCCAUUUUUACAAGGAAAAGAAAGCUCUAUCACAAUUUGGUCUGACAGAAAGUCACAUUUGUCUUCUUGUGCUCGUUUUGUAGUGUAACUAUGGUGAAGACAUUAAAAACACAAAAAGAAUGGAAGUUAUGUAAGUGAUGACAAUGAUAAUCAGAUGGCCUUACUGUGUUGUUUGAAGCAUUUAAAGAGCAGCCUCUUUUCACUUUACUCUGUGCCUGCUGCAAAGAUCUGACUGACUGCUGUCAAUCACUCUGCCCUUCACUAUAUAGUCCAACAGCCUCAGUCAUUGUCACUAUACAGCGUUUUACACACCCAUUCAUGUACAGGCUCUAACUCGCACACCAAGGAGUGGUGUGCGCGUGUGUACAGUAAUCACAAAUACAGAUUCAAGUAUAUGUAGUACUCUGCAUGCCAGGACACAUUUAUUCUUGUGAAUACAAAUAGUCUUUCUCACACACUUGUUCGAGCCCCACCGAUGUACAUCGACCGGACAAAUCAGGGUGCGGUGACUACAGCACAGGAAACAGUCCCCAGUGCAGUGCUGGAGUGAUGAAUACUGUCACAGUCUGUCAUCGCAAAGACGCUUGAGUGGAUCACUGCCGGGCUCAUUCAAACUGCGGCUGACUCUGAAAAAGACCUGAUUGGACAGGAUUGGUGCGAUCGAUCUCAUUAAAAGAUUAGGACAGGUAUAGCUCUCUUAAUCCCUGUGUGCGCAAAACCUGUAAGUGUCACCAUGGAAGGUCAGGCUGGUUCGCUGCCAAGACCCCGGCGAGGACCGUCGGAAACCGCCUCGUUUCUGUUUGGCCACGCCUCCCCUGUGUGUGUCUGUGAUCCUCAGGCGAAAUGAACUUACCCC